GAAUCAAUCCUGCCCGCGCGCGCGCCAGGGCACCCCAACUUUUCACGGGCCCGGUUUGGGAGACAAACAAACAAAAAAAAAGACAAAAAAAAAAAAAAAGAAGAGAGCGUGCCCGACACCCCCGUGGUGGCGGAGGAGGCGGCGGCAGGAGUGGCUUUUGUCCCUCAUCCUUGUUUACUCGGAGAAACUUCAGACCGGACGUGUUUAGUCAGAGCAGAAACGCAUCUCGGGGCCAAAGCGAUAGGAAACUGCGGCCUCUCCGGGCCCCGGCCCAGCGCCGCCUCCGCCCGCCCGCCCGAGCAAAGUUUGAUGCGAACACGGCGUGCUCUAAGAGCUGGAAAAUCAACUAAACAUGGGCAAAGGAGAUCCUAAAAAGCCGAGAGGCAAAAUGUCCUCAUAUGCAUUCUUUGUGCAAACUUGCCGGGAGGAGCACAAGAAGAAGCACCCGGAUGCUUCUGUCAACUUCUCAGAGUUCUCCAAGAAGUGCUCAGAGAGGUGGAAGACCAUGUCUGCUAAAGAAAAGGGGAAAUUUGAAGAUAUGGCAAAGGCUGACAAGGCUCGUUAUGAAAGAGAAAUGAAAACCUACAUCCCCCCCAAAGGGGAGACCAAAAAGAAGUUCAAGGACCCCAAUGCACCCAAGAGGCCUCCUUCGGCCUUCUUCUUGUUCUGUUCUGAGUACCGCCCCAAAAUCAAAGGCGAGCAUCCUGGCUUAUCCAUUGGUGAUGUUGCAAAGAAACUAGGAGAGAUGUGGAACAACACUGCAGCAGAUGACAAGCAGCCCUAUGAGAAGAAAGCUGCCAAGCUGAAGGAGAAGUAUGAGAAGGAUAUUGCUGCCUACAGAGCUAAAGGAAAACCUGAUGCAGCGAAAAAGGGGGUGGUCAAGGCUGAAAAGAGCAAGAAAAAGAAGGAAGAGGAAGAUGAUGAGGAGGAUGAAGAGGAUGAGGAAGAGGAGGAAGAAGAGGAAGACGAAGAUGAAGAAGAAGAUGAUGAUGAUGAAUAAGUUGGUUCUAGCGCAGUUUUUUUUUCUUGUCUAUAAAGCAUUUAACCCCCCUGUACACAACUCACUCCUUUUAAAGAAAAAAAUUGAAAUGUAAGGCUGUGUAAGAUUUGUUUUUAAACUGUACAGUGUCUUUUUUUGUAUAGUUAACACACUACCGAAUGUGUCUUUAGAUAGCCCUGUCCUGGUGGUAUUUUCAAUAGCCACUAACCUUGCCUGGUACAGUCUGGGGGUUGUAAAUUGGCAUGGAAAUUUAAAGCAGGUUCUUGUUGGUGCACAGCACAAAUUAGUUAUAUAUGGGGACAGUAGUUUGGUUUUUUGUUUUUUUUUUUUUUUCUUUUGGUUUUCUUUUUGGGUUUUAUUUUUUUCAUCUUCAGUUGUCUCUGAUGCAGCUUAUACGAAGAUAAUUGUUGUUCUGUUAACUGAAUACCACUCUGUAAUUGCAAAAAAAAAAUUGCGGCUGUUUUGUUGACAUUCUGAAUGCUUCUAAGUAAAUACAAUUUUUUUUAUUAGUAUUGUUGUCCUUUUCAUAGGUCUGAAAGUUUUCUUCUCAAGGGGAAGCUAGUCUUUUGCUUUGCCCAUUUUGGGUCACAUGGAUUAUUAGUGUGUUAUCUUUCAUCUAGUUAGCUGGAAGAGAGCUUUUGUCCACAUGCCCUGCCAUUGUGGUAGGGUAACAUUUUCAUCCAUAGUUGAAGAAUCUCCUAAAUCGUGAUAGUUGGAUAAGAGAUAUUAUAUAACCUACUUGGCAAAGCAAGGAGUGAUCAAUACUGUCACACCGUGGGACUAUUAGGAUCAAGCAAUCUGAACGUCUGUCCUUGAAGGACUGAUAGAAAAGUACCUUCUAAUCCUUACACGAGGACUCUCCUUUAACCGCCAUUACUGUGUAAUGACAGUUAUAUUUUGCAGUUUCCCCUACUAAAGAAGACCUGAGAAUGUAUCCCCAAAAGUGUGAGCUUAAAAUACAAGACUGCUGUACUAUUUGUUGACCUUAGUCCCAGCGAAGGCUAUCACAAGAACGCUGGCUGUAAAGCCUUUGCCCUUCUAUCUAGAUAUGGAUUGCUCAGGAAACUUGACUGUUUAAAGGUAUUUUUAAUUACUUGAGCCAGCUUUUAAAAUUAUGCCACAUUUAAAAUGAAGGGUAUAUUUUCCUAUACUGUGGUUUGUCCCUUUAUGAAUCAGAUACAAGAGGAUAAACUUUGCAUAUUAGUACCAUUUGUCCAAUACAUUUGCUUUUUCUUUAUAAAACCCAAACUCAUUCAUUAAUCAGGUUUAAUCUGCUUAGUUUAGGGAACAAUUUGGCAAUUUUGUGGAUUUUUUUUUGAGAUUAUCGUUCUCUUAAAGUGCCAGUGUUUUAAAUAGCGUUCUUGUAAUUUCACGCGCUUUUGUGAUGGAGUGCUGUUAUAUAAUUUUGACUUGGGUUCUUUACAUUUGCGUUGUUAAUGUAAUUUGAGGAGGAAUACUGAACAUGAGUCCUGGAUGAUACUAAUAAACUAAUAAUUACAGAGGUUUUAAAUAUUAGUUAAAUGACUUUCACUUAAGAAUUUAAGCUUUUGGUCACACUUUAUAAUAGUGCCUUAUAGUAUAAACAACUGAAAGGCUCUUUCCCAUUAACAACCCUUGAUGCUGGGGCCAGUGAGAUAGUGGGUAAAAAGGCAGUUGGCUGCCAACCCUGACAACCGAUGGCAAAAGGAGGGAACCAGCUUCCAAAAUGCUUUGACCAAAUGCUCCCUCCAUUCAUGAACACAGUUUUAAAAUGUUAAAUAGGCUAGAGGGCAGUAAAAACAGGUUUUUUUAUCGAGCAUCCCUAAUCUAUACAUAUGAGGAGCCAUAAUCUGAAUGUUAAGUGAAAAGCGAGGUUGGUCUUAAAGAUUGCACGUGUGUUCUUAAGCCUGUAGAGGACCUCCGCAGGCCGUAAUGGUCUCGAUUACCAACUUAAGAACAAGUGACUGGCUUGGAAACUUGUACUGUUGCUUUAGAACUACCAUUGUGGACAUCUGUUGUUAGUAAGUGAUCCAUUUAAAAGUGAACUCUGCCUCAA